GAGAGGCGGUGCCCGACUACCAGAUGGCGUUCCAGGCCGAGGCAGGGAACCACCCCUCCUUUGAGGACAUGCAGGUCCUGGUGUCCAGAGAGAAAGAGAGACCCAAGUUCCCUGAGGCCUGGAAGGAGAACAGCCUGGCGGUGCGUUCCCUGAAGGAGACCAUGGAGGACUGCUGGGACCAGGAUGCUGAGGCCAGGCUGACCGCUCAGUGUGCAGAGGAGCGCAUGGCUGAACUGCUGCAGAUCUGGGACCGGACCAAGUCUGUCAGUCCUACGGUUAACCCCAUGACCACCACACUGCAGAACGAGAGGAACCUGUCUCACGGCCGCAGGGGUCCUAAAGUCAGCCCCUACCCCGACUACUCCUCAUCCUCCUACAUCGAGGACCACGAGGGCCACACGGUGAAGAACCUCCCUGGUGGAGACACCUCUAUGUCAUGGACCUCCUCCGUCGGCAUCCUAGGGGGAACCAACAGUGUCCCCGCUGGGCCAGAGAAGAACCGAAACUCCAUCAACGCCGAGCGUCAGCAGGCCCGUCUGCCCAGCCCGGAGAGCAGCGGCGCCAGCCUCUCCUCCACCACGGGGUUCACUCCCAACACCGUCAUGACCUCCAUCUCUGAGUCAGGACACGGGGAGGACUCCUCCAGCACACUAGGUGGAGCUGUGUUGGUGCCGGUGUGUCUGCAGUUGACCCAGAAGGACUCAUCCGGCCCACUAGGUGGCGCUGUGCUGGGGCUGGUGGUGCCGGUGUGUCUGCAGCUGACCCAAGAGGACUUGGAGACCACCAAACUGGACCCUAAAGAGGUUGACAAGAACCUGAAGGAGUCUUCUGAUGAGAACCUUAUGGAGCAUAGUCAGAAACAGUUCUCUGCUCCAGACCCCCUCAGCUCUGGGUCUUCCUCCCUGCUCUACCCCCUCAGCUCUGGGUCUUCCUCCCUGCUCUACCCCCUCAGCUCUGGGUCUUCCUCCCUGCUCUACCCCCUCAGCUCUGGGUCUUCCUCCCUGCUCUACCCCCUCAUCAAGCUGGCUGCGGAGGUGACUGGGGCCGGGGCCCAGGGAGGGUCUGGGACCGGGGCCAGUGGGAUGGGGGACCCUCCAGCUACUAUGUUCCCCCUGCCCAAACAGCAGAACCUCCCCAAGCGGCCCACCAGCCUACCACUCAGCACCAAGGCCAAGCAGGGCUCUGGUUCCUCCUGGCUGAAGUCUAACCUGAGGUCCAAUCUGAAGCAGGUAGAGACGGGCGUGGCCAAGAUGAACACGGUCGCCCCGGCGGCAGAGCCACGCCUUGUUAACGUUACCAACAACGGAACAUCCGGGGUAGGGGUGAAUGGGGUGCGGAGCGGGACUGGCGUGUUGGUCGUCAAUGGCUAUCUGAACGGAGGUGUGGCCUCUUCAUCUGGAGGCGGAGCUCCGUACGGGUUGACCAAUCUGGCGGGCUUCCAGAGUGAGGUUGGCGGAGUAGCCCGCCCGUUACAGACCCCGCUCAGCGGCGAGGACAGUCGACUCAACAUCAACUCCAGUCCUGAUGAACAUGAACCACUGCUGAGGAGAGAGCAGCCCGCCACAUGUGACCAGAGACCAACCAAUCACCUGGCGGGACGCACCAACACUAACAACAACAACAACAGUUUGCUGAUGGGCCUGGCGAGCAGAGGGAUCACAUGUCCUCCUGUAGAUGCACGGCCUGACUCCCUUGCUUUUGUCCCUACCCCCACCCCUAAACCUGAGGCUGCCCAGCUCCGACAGCCCAAACCCAGACGACCUGAGAGACCCUGCUCCCUGGACCUCUCUGCCUCCUUCUCUUCACACAACAGCUCCUCAGGUGACGGCUCGUCACUGGACGACCAGGGAGGGUCAGGUGAGAAGAUCAAGCGUCGCGUCAAGACACCGUACUCCCUGAAGAGGUGGCGUCCCACCACCUGGGUGGUCUCCACGGAUACCCUGGUGGGCGAGGUGAACAACGAGGAUGCUGCCAAGGCUCCUCGCUCCAAGUCCUCCACUGCUGUCUACUUGGUGGGGGGCGGGACUACCACCGCUGCCAUGACUUCUGACCCCUGUGACCCUGGCAUUACCUGCCUGUGAACCCUGACCCCUGGGUGUGUGGCUAGAGGGAGUGGCCAGAGAAGUGUGUUCAUAAGCACCAGCUGAUAGCCAAAUAGCUGAUUACUAACUAACUCUUAUGUGGACAGCUACUUCAGUGACUUUAACAAAUUAACAAAUUAACUGGCUACUUCCGAUUUUAAGAAACCCACUGAGGAGGGUGUGGCCAGAGAAGGACUGUGUCUACAGAAGGCUACAUUGAGGAGGGUGUGGCCAGAGAAGGACUGCGUCUACAGAUGGCUACAUUGAGGAGGGUGUGGCCAGAGAAGGACUGCGUCUACAGAUGGCUACAUUGAGGAGGGUGUGGCCAGAGAAGGACUGCGUCUACAGAUGGCUACAUUGAGGAGGGUGUGGCCAGAGAAGGACUGUGUCUACAGAUGGCUACAGCUGUGUCUCAAAUUGACCCUAUUCACUAUAUAGUGCACUACCUUUGCCCAUGGCAGCAUGCUCUAGUAUUCUGAGUUUCCUGGGUACCAUUCUGUCAGGAGAAGAAACGAUGUGAAAUGAAUCAAAGAAAGAUAAUCAAUUAGCAAGAAAGAAGCAUUUCUAAAAGGUUUCUUUACUUUGAAGAACUUGCUUUAAACAGAACCUAGCUAUGCUAAAGCAACAUUGGCUUUAAAUGCUGUCCCAUUAUAAAUGCUGUCCCAUUAUACAUGCUGUCCCAUUAUAAAUGCUGUCCCAUUAUAUGUGCUGUCCCAUUAUAAAUGCUGUCCCAUUAUAAAUGCUGUCCCAUUAUAAAUGCUGUCCCAUUAUAGGUGCUGUUCCAUUAUAAAUGCUGUCCCAUUAUAAAUGCUGUCCCAUUAUAAAUGCUGUCCCAUUAUAUGUGCUGUGCCAUUAUAUAUGCUGUCCCAUUAUAAAUGCUGUCCCAUUAUAUGUGCUGUGCCAUUAUAUAUGCUGUCCCAUUAUAAAUGCUGUCCCAUUAUAAAUGCUGUCCCAUUAUAUGUGCUGUCCCAUUAUAAAUGCUGUCCCAUUAUAAAUGCUGUUCCAUUAUACAUGCUGUUCCAUUAUAAAUGCUGUGCCAUUAUAUGUGCUGUGCCAUUAUAAAUGCUGUCCCAUUAUAAAUGCUGUCCCAUUAUAAAUGCUGUCCCAUUAUAAAUGCUGUUCCAUUAUAAAUGCUGUCCCAUUAUAUAUGCUGUCCCAUUAUAUCCAGUGCCUUGCAAAAGUAUUCAUCCCCCUUGGCGUUUUUCCUAUUUUGUUGCAUUACAACCUGUAAUUUAAGUAGAUUUUUAUUUGGAUUUUAUAUCAUGGAUAUACCCAAAAUAGUCCAAAAUGUUGAAGUGAAAAAAUUACUUGUUUCAAAAAAUACAAAAUGGAAAAGUGGUAUGUAU